UGACGUCGGGUACGCGCAUGCGUGGACCGAUCGGGUGAUAAAGCAAGAUGGCGUCUGACGGAGAAGGCCUAAUCGCGGGCAUUAUAUUUCUGUAUUCUUACAUAUAUGUUGUUUAAUAGAGUACACACGGUUAAUAAUUGUUUGUAGCCGGAUACAUUAGUCUGAGUGCACUUUGACACUUCUCUUGUUUGCUAGCUUCAUUUAAGGUAGCUUGCAGCUAGUUUAGCUGGCUAGUUAGCUUAGCUUGUUAGCUGCUAACAAAGAGACGCGGAAGUUAUUUAAACAUCGCUAAGUAGGGAACUAAUGUGAGUGUAAAGUGUUGUGAUUGUGUGGAAAUGUGCGAAAGGACGAUAACAAAGUAUGAGGAGGAACUUUGUCCAACAAAAGAGGAGAAGGAGCGACAACAUCAACUACUGGAUGUUUAUUUUAAGAAACAUCAUCAAGUUGUGUUACACAGAACAGACGUCUGUGAAGAACAACUUCUGCCUGAAAAACAGGAGUGUAGCUUCAGGAUGGUGAAGGAGGAUCCAUCAAAGAGGAAGACCAGGUGCCCAAGACACUCUGGUGUCUCUUUUUCCUCUUUGACACAGACCCUUCCCUGUAAAAAGGAAGAGGAAGACUCACUGACGCCCCACAUUAAAGAGGAAGAGGAGCUUAAAUGGUUGGAGGAGUUCCCAGUGACUGGUGUCCCUGUGAAGAGUGAAGAUGAUGAGGUCAAAAGUGAAAGUGAAGAGAAGAGAGAGGCGGAGCCUCCAAGCAGCAGCUCAACACAACACAUGACAACAGAAGCUGAUGGAGACCACUGUGGAGGAUCACAAGCAGACAAGCUCUUAGCUCCACUAUCAGAUAGUGAGGACACAACGUCACACUCUCCUGACACUGAUGAUGAAGACUCUAAAGAUGAUAAGACAUGUCACACUGACAACACUCACUUGAAAUGUUCUCACUGUGACAAAACUUUUAAAUACCAUUGUCAUCUGAAAACACACAUGAGAAGACACACCGGAGAAAAACCUUUUAGCUGUUCAAUAUGUGGAAGAGGUUUUACACAAAGUCAGAGUUUGAAAGUACACAUGAGAACACAUGCUGAAGAAAAACCUUUUAACUGUUUAAUCUGUAGUAAAGGUUUUGUUCUAAGUAACCAUUUGAAAGAACACAUGAGAACACACACUGGUGAAAAACCUUUUAUCUGUUCAAUCUGUGGUAAAGGUUUUGUACAAAGUAACAAUUUGAAAGUACACAUUAGAUCACACACUGGUGAAAAACCCUUUAUCUGCACAAUCUGUGGUAAAGGUUUUGUACAAAGUAACAAUUUGAAAGUACACAUGACAACACACACUGGUGAACAAACUGUUUCCUGUUCAACCUGUGGUAAAGGUUUUACACAAAGUCAAUAUUUGAAAGUACACAUGAGAACACACACUGGUGAAAAACCUUUUUCCUGUUCAAUCUGUGGUAAAGGUUUUACACAUGGUCACCAUUUGAAAGUACACACGAGAACGCACACUGGCGAAAAACCUUUUUUCUGUUCAAUCUGUGGUAAAGUUUUUAUACAAAGUAACAAUUUGAAAGUACACAUGACAACACACACUGGUGAAAAAACUGUUUCCUGUUCAACCUGUGGUAAAGGUUUUACACAAAGUCAAUAUUUGAAAGUACACAUGAGAACACACACUGGUAAAAAACCUUUUUCCUGUUUAACCUGUGGUAAAGGUUUUACACAUGGUCACCAUUUGAAAGUACACACGAGAACGCACACUGGCGAAAAACCUUUUUCCUGUUCAAUCUGUGGUAAAGGUUUUACAGAAAGUCAACAUUUGAAAAGACACACAAGAACGCACACUGGUGAAAAAUCACAUUCAUGUUCAAUUUGUAAUAAAGGCUUUGUACAAAGUCAAUAUUUGAAAGCACACAUGAGAACACACACUGGAGAGCAAGUGUUGAGUUGCAGUGUGUGUGGUGAAAGAUUCUCUUAUAAGUACCAGUGUAAGAAACACAAGUGUGCUGGUGAGAACAGCAGCAGCAAAUGAAACUGCAGGAUUUGAAAUAAACUGUCAAAACUUUAAUUUUGACUUUCUAACAACAUCAGCACAUAUAACAUGUGUGACAUUGUUGUUUGUGUAACAAUCUUUUUAAUACGGCGUGGCAAAGUUGAUAGAGUGGCCGUGACAGCAAUCGGAGUGUUGCUAGUUACUGGGGUUCAAUCCCCACCUUCUACCAUCCUAGUCACGUCCGUUGUGUCCUUGGGCAAGACACUUCACCCUUGCUCCUGAUGGCUGCUGGUUAGCGCCUUGCAUGGCAGCGCCCGCCAUCAGUGUGUGAAUGUGUGUGUGAAUGGGUGAAUGUGGAAAUACUGUCAAAGCGCUUUGAGUACCUUGAAGGUAGAAAAGCGCUAUACAAGUAUAACCCAUUUAUCAUUUAUUAUAAUAUGCUUGUACAUUUAUAGAUUAGAUAUUUUAUAUUAGUGCUUUUUUCAGUCAAGUACAUACAUUAAUAUGCAACAUUGUGUACUUUUAUUAAACAUUGAACAGAACAAUUUGACUGAAAAGGUGAGAGUAUACAGUACAAGACAUAUUUUAAAUAAAAUAAACAUUUUAUGUGUAUAUAUAUAUUCAUCAUAUAAUUUUAGACUUAUUUAUAAUAGUGUUUUUUUAUAGGUGAUUUAAAUUUUACAUAUUUUUAUUUUUAAUUGUUAAUGAUCCCAUAGAUUAGCACCUUUAUAUGAUAUACAUAUGUACUGGUUCACAUCUGAAACAUCUUCUGGACCACUUCAGGAAGCAUAUAAUUAUUUACUUUAUACAUCAUUUGAACAGUUGUCUUUUAUACAAUUUUAAAAUGUGUGAUUUUAUGAAUCAUUUGUUGGGUCUCUAAUCAAUUUUAUUAAUUAUCUUUAUUACUCUCUUUUGUAAUAUGAUGAUUGUGUUGUGAUUGUUUUAUAUGUAUGUCCCCAGACCUUUAUGCAAUAUAAAAGUGAGAGAAAAUGGCUCAAUUGUUUGUGUAAGGAUGGUUUUGUUUUUACAAACAUUUGUGGAUUAAAAAAAAAUCCCAUUAUUGUGUUUUAAACAUUUAUACGUUUCUUUUUCUUUUUUGACAUCCCCAAAACAAUAUCAAUAUCAAUCAAAGUUUGGAGUGUCAGACAAAAGCCAAUAUUGUACAUCAUCCCACAGAGAUUUACUUUGCAUACAUUCAUAAAAUAAACAGUUUAUUUUGUUUCCCUAUCACAGAACGAACAAGUUUUGUCUUCAAUUGCAAAACAUCUUAAAAUGAUUUUAAGUUGUCAAGCCGGGGCUUUUUUUCUUAAAGUAACUUCUUUGCGUUUGGAAGAAUGGAAACUUUCAAGUUAUGAGUAUUUUUUUUGUUCCAGUUCAAAUACAGUAAAGAAGAAAUAGUAAAGAAUUAA